AUGGAUCUCUUUGUAUAUAUUUGUAUAUCUCUUUUUCUAUGUUUAUUAUUAUUCGAUAAAAGUUAUUCUCAAUUCGAAUGGAUUACUUAUGAUAAAAUUGAUGAAAUUAUGGAUAGAAUAAAUUCUGUUAAUCGUGAUAAUUGUUUUCAAAAACAACCAAAUGAACUUGUUUUACCUGAAGAAGCUGUUUAUCAAAAACCAUCUAUUGAAAUGCUUAAAAAAGAUAUUAUUAUGAGAAAUCGAACACAGUUAUUACAUGUAAGAAAUAUUGCUCAUCGAAAUGCACUUUUAUAUAGUUAUUUAUUUCAACGUUUAUUCGAUUUUGAAGAACCCGGUCUUACAUAUAUACUUUUACAUAAUGCUGGUAAUUCUGAUGUAACUGCUGGUAGUAGUAUGAUAAAUGGUUCAGGAAUUUAUUUUGAUCAAGAUAAAUAUUAUCCACAUUGGUAUAAAAAUUUUUUUAAUAAAACAAUACCAUUAUUUGGUCCAUAUGCUUGGCGAGCAGAUGAUUUCUAUGAUGCAUUUAAUUGGAAAAAUGAAUGGACAAAUCAUACCAUUCAACAAGAAGAUAUUGGUGCAGCUGGUAAUCAUCAAUAUACAUCACGAUAUAAUCUUGCUAAUGAAUGGUAUAGUAAAUGGUUACCGGAUCCAAAAGAAGAUGAUCAAGAAAAAGGUAAAGCUUUACAUACAGUUCAAUUAUUAUUGGCUGAACGAAUGUAUAAACUUUAUGAUGUAGCUGAAACUAUCGAAUUUUUUGGGCCACCACAUCCCGAAGAUCCACAAGGUCCAACUCUUUGGACACGUCCAUAUUUUGAUUGUGGUCGAUCAAAUAAAUGGAUAAUUAGUGCUGUUUCACCUAUUAUUGAUAUUUAUCCACGGCAUACGGCAUAUCGACAUUUUCAAUCAAUGCGUAAUUUAGCAGUUGCUGUAACUGAUAUUGAUUUUAUUAUGUUGGAUAUAAAUCAAUGUUCUGAAAUUAAUCGAAUAAAUACACAAUCAAAUCAAUUAAAUUUAUUUGCUGGAACACAUAAAUGCAAACCAACAACACGUUGUGAACCAUUAUUUGGUUUUGGAUUUCGACGUGGUGGUUAUCAAUGUCUUUGUCAACCUGGUUUUCGUUAUCCACCAUGUCAAGAUGGACCUUUCAAAGGUUAUAUUAUUGAAAAAGCUACACAAGAAGAAUAUGUAAAUAAUUUUGAUUGUCUUAAAAUUGAAUUAUAUCAACAAUAUCCACAACACUUUUAUCCAUCAAAUAUUGUAUUAUUUGGUGGUCGUAAACGUCGUUCAAAUUAUGAUAAUGAUAAUCUAUCAAAUAGAUCGAUUUAUAAUAAUCUAAUUUCAAAAGUAAAUCUAAUAAUGACACUAUUAACAUCAUCAUCAUCAUCUGUGCUUAAAUCAUCUAUUCAUCGAAUAUCUUCAUUUUCCAGUAAAUUUUUCAUCAAUAAUAAUAAUAAACAUGAAGAUCAUAUUAAAAAAAGUCGUUCAAAACGUUUUGCCUAUGAAUAUCCAACACGUGUUAUAUCGAUAAUGCAACAUUAUGAUCGUCUUAAUUAUAAUUCACAUAUAUGUGAACUCAUGACUGAAGAUGAAUUAACAAUGCCAGGUGAUGUUUUGCAUGAUGUUGAUAUUCAAUUUGAAUCUCAAGCACGUUUAGCAUUAACAUUAUCACAUUUUCUAUCAAGUUUCUAUCAAAUUGUCAAUCCAGCUGAAGAUUUUCCAUUACGUCAAGCUGAACUUGAUUUAACUGAUGAACAAUUAAUUGGUGAAGUUUUAGCUGCAGCUGGUAGUGAUUAUAAAGUUGUUGGUAUUGGAAUUUUUUUUGAUCGAGGAAAAUUUCGAAAUCAUCGUUUACCUUAUUUUGGACCGUAUGCUUUCCGAACGGAAAAUGAUAUUAGUCAAAAUUAUACUGUUAUUGAUUGGGCAGGAUUACCUGAUGGUUAUGAAAAUGAAAUUUGGUUUCGAACACUGAAAGCUCGAUGGGCAACAAAUGCUGAUCGUUCGGAAUUAACUGAAUAUUGGCUUAAAUUAUUUAUUCGAGCAGAUUAUGCUGGUAAUGCAUUAAUCCAACAUGAAUCAGGUUUUCCACUUUAUUUUUAUGCACCAGAAAUAAAACAUGGUCAAUGGUUUCCACCAACAUUUCAAUGUAGUAGAAAUUAUGCAUUACCACGUCAAUGGAUUAUUACUUAUGCUGUGCCUUUUUUCGGUCUUGAUGUACUUGGAAUUAAUCUUGAAUUUAAAGGUGUUGUACGAAUUGAUACUUAUUUAAGUUAUUUGGAUAUAAAUCAAUGUUCAAUGCCUCAUUAUAUACCGAAUGCAUUUAAAGGCAGUGAUCGUUGUGAUUAUCAAAGUACAAUAUGUGAACCAAUAUUUGGUCGUGGUUUUCGUUUAGGUACAUAUAAAUGUCGUUGUCGACCUGGUUAUGAAUAUCCAUUUAUUGAUCAAAAUGAUUUCUUUAUUGGCGAUAUAAUGGAUACACAAUGGAAUAUAUUAAUGAGUAAUAGUUCUCGAAUGUCAAGUUUUGAUCAACUUAAAUGUCGUAUAGCUAUUGCUAAUUCAAUCAAACCGAUCAGUUUUAUUCUUCUAUUAUCAAGUGCUUCUUUUGCAAUAUUACUCAACAGAUGA